ACGGUCCCGUUAACGACCAACGAAACGGUAAAACUGGAAAGGGCGGUAAAGUUCCUGAAGGUUCUGUUAAAAGUCAAGCACCUGUUCGAAACGGCAACACUCGAGGCACAAUAGAUCAAGACUCAACUCGACCUUCAUCUUCUGACACGACCAGCAGUGUUCAGUGCUCCCUGACCCAAGUCCUACCCUCAGGAGCAAACUCCCGUGGGUCAGAACGACAUUCUCAGGCGGCUUCGACUAUUACGACACCAGAAAACACGGGACACAAGGCAUCCAGUAACCCGAAAGUUUGUUAUGACUGGUUGCAAGGUCGGUGCAUGCGUCACUCUUGCUCUUUCCCGCACAAACGCCCCAAUGAUAACGUAUCGCAAAAGAAUGCUUCAUCACCAGUUCGGAAUACUUGUGCCGAUGGCGCACCAGCGUCUGGCAACUCCCCAUCACGACACCUACCGCCCAACCUGCCACCCCCUACCAUACGUCGCAAUGAGGAUCUUGUCAUGCCCGUGACAAUCGCAGAUCAUAUCACAGUGAAACUUCGUAGUGGUUUCGAUGUCCAGGACGUGACUACUGGAUUUGAAACACGUUGGGUACACCUUGGAGACGUGUCACCGGACGUCAAGGAAUCCCAACUCCGUUCCCUUUUGAAAGCAUAUCAAGUCGACGAAUUAUGUAUUCCGGAUGGAAAGGAUGUCAAGCGGUUGACCGUCAAAGUGCAGUUUUCAACCGCAGCGCAAGCUAUGGAGGCUUCGGUCGCCCUUCAUGGACGCCAAAUCCAGGGGAGGAGACUCACUGCGAAGCUGACUUUGAACACUACCGCAUGUCGUACCACAGUGCUCAAAGACACCGCUGUCCGUAUCACCUGGAGUGCGCCCCAGCGCGUCGGGUACGCAGGGUAUGCAACCCUUAAUGAGGCCAAGGCUGCGAUUGCAGCCGCCACUGGAUUGGUGAUGAGGGACAACGUUCUCACAGCCGCCUUGUACGAAGGAUUACCCGCAGUUGGUGUUUACAACGUCAUGUUUUCUCAUCUUCCUCCCGAUGCAGAGAGAAAGGAUUUGGAGCAGUUCGGCAACGCAGAGUCUAUCUUACUCGAACGCCCCAAUUACGAGUCCCUCGAGAACGCUCGCCAUGCAGUACUUCGGAUAUUGCAGCCAUGCGGCAAUCUGUCCAAUUUCGAUCUGGUUCUUCCUAUCUGGAACGGUACUGUUCUCGUUUGGGCAACCUUUGAGACCCACGCAGAUGCCAGCAAUGCCAGGGAUCAUCUUGAUGGCCAACGUCCUCGUGCAAUUGGAGGAAAAACUUACAUAUCCGCUCGGCACGUGCAGUCACUCAACUUCUCAUUGCCGUUGAGCAAGUUUAAGAUGCUGGAAGAACAUAUUGCUCGCCUUCGGUGGACGUGGCGGACAAGGUUCAACCAUGACGUAGCUCUUGUUGACCGCCUGACAUCGCCUGAUGGGCCUGUUCAUAUCAGGAUAUCGGCCGAAAACGUGAGCAAUCUUGGGAUUGCCAAAGCAGAAUUUGAACAACUUCAAAAUGGUGAAGUUGUAACUCUCCAGAGGAAACCCAUAUGGGACAGAUUCUUUUCUGAACCAUCCGGCCACUCAUUCCUUCGUGAGCUAGAGAGCCGAUACACUGGAAUUGGAUUACGAACUCGGAUGGGCAAGAUCUUACUUUUGGGCCCAAUUGAACAGCGUCAGCUUGCUCGAAAAGAUAUCAUGACGCGGUUCCAAGAAUUACAGGCGCGAAAAUGGUGGCGCAUUCCUCUAUCAGGCAGGGUAGUUGGUCCAUUUAUAGGCACAGACCUUGUGACCCUCCAGAAAACCCUUGGUCCUGAGAACUGCUACGUCCAUUACAUCUCGAAUCAGCGCAAUCUGGUCGUUCGAGGUAACGAGCAGGCUUACCGUAUCGCCUGUGAAGCGGUGGAAAAGGUACAAAGCCGCUAUGCAUAUAGUUCCACGCCAUCCCCCGAAUCUGUCUGUCCUGUUUGCUUCACUGAAGCAUCGGUCCCAGCCAUUCUCACCUGCGGACAUAUUUGGUGCACGUCUUGCCUCGAGAGUUACCUUGUGUCCGCAGUUGAAAACAAGACAUUCCCUCUCACCUGCCUCGGCGCUGACGCCUCGUGUACGGAACGCAUCUCUACCGCCCUCGCCAAAAAGAUCCUUUCUGGUGAUGAUUUCGCUGCCCUGUGUGAAGCAUCAUUUUGGUCAUAUGUUCACGCGCGGGCGGACGAGUUCCACCACUGCCCAACACCAGACUGCUCUCAGGUAUAUCGUGCAACUUCUGGCGGCGUCGUUCUCCAAUGUCCAUCUUGUUUGGUUCGCAUCUGUUCUGGUUGCCAUACGGAGGCUCAUGAUGGGCUCACCUGUGACGAGCGGGACAAGGCAGAGGACAAGCUGUACCAUGAAUGGGCAGCCACUCAUGAUGUCAAAAACUGCCCUACUUGCAGGACUCCAAUAGAACGGAGCGAAGGUUGCAACCAUAUGACUUGCAUCAGAUGCCAAACCCACAUCUGCUGGGAAUGUCUGGCAACGUUCCCGAAGGGAGAUGGUAUCUAUGAACACAUGCGAGAAAAGCAUGGUGGCAUUGGGGUAGAAUUUCUGUGAUCACCCAUUGGUUGAUAUGUUCUUUUGUCUUGUUUCAUCUUAUUUUAUGCCUCUUCUC